AUGAAACGGAGAUUCCGAUUGCUUUCGCUCGCUUUUCUCGUCGGAUUCCUCGCGAGAAUCUCGGCUAAAAAGGACAAUCAACCGGCCGGAAUUUACGUUCGAUUGAACCAAAAAGCCGUGGAUUAUGUGGCAGGUGAGAUAUUAUGCAUGCGAAGACACGGCAAGUACUAUAACAACCUGUAACACGUUUGGUUCAGAUCUCGCCUCCGAAGCCCUCCCGGCGAUUCUCAACAACCUGAGCCCUCCGGACAUCGUCACCGAUAUUGCCACAAUCUCGAAACUGCACAUUUCGAACGUGUCGAAGCCGAAGAUCCACGCGAAUUUCAUAAACGGAAAGGGCGUCGCCUACAACAUCUCGUUGGCUUCGUUCCGAGCGAGUGCGUACGCAUCGAUCAAAGUGUUCGUGUGGUCGUACGAAGGAGACUUCACUGCGGAACUCCGUGAGCUCUCCAUCGCCUCCCAACUCCAUUUCAUGUACAAUGGAACGACGACUGUCACGGCGCCCGUGUGCAAUGUGACCCAUUCGGAACUGUCGCUCGUCUUCCCGCCCGGAUCCAGUCUUUCGGCACUUCAAUCGGAGAUCAAGGAUAAAGUAAGAAAAGGCUUUAGAGUUUCUUCUCAACUUGCUUUCAGAUAGUCAGCGCUCUCCGUGACGCCGUGUGCACGACCGCAGUGGAAGCACUCACGUUCGUGAUGGCUCAGAAGCCGAUCCAACCGGAAAGCCCCAGUUACGAGAAGCCGUCGGCCGGAGAUCCGAACGGUUUCAGUGUCGCCGAGCUAGGAGCAUCCCUUUGCCAGGUGGGCACUGCGAACGGACUGGAAGAAGAAGAGUUGGAGCACGUGGAAACGACGACGGCCACUCCAGCAGAAAACUCGACGCUGGCGGAAGGACCGGGAGACGGACAGCAGGCUUACUGGGGAGUCGAUCUGUCUGUCAACCACCCGCCCACUUUCACUGAUGAGGAUAUGAUCAUCGGACUCGACGGCGGAAUCCUGUUCAACGGCUGGAAGAGCGACUCCGCGCAGCCGCCGCAAGUGCUCAACAAGACUUGCUUGGACAAAAAAAUGGUUGGAAUUCUGUUGUCCGAGUACAUUCCCAACACACUUUUCCAUCACAUUUACAUGUACGAUUUGGGAAACUUCAAGCAUAGGUUUGAGCAAUAAUACAGUCAAUAUUCGCAACAUUUCCACAACAGAUACACCCCGAACACUCUUCCCAAAAUGCUCCAGAAGCUGUCGAAAGCAGUCUGCUCCAAGUGCUACGUUGAGAUUUCUGCUAACUUGACCGAGUGGGACUAAGACUUUUCGGGUAUUUCUAAAGAACAGGGAUGUAUUUCAGACAACCUCGUCUGGAAAUCGAUGCCAAUCUCGGGGCUCGUGUCCAAUUGUCUGGAAACGUUUCGGUGAUGUUCCACGGAAGAGAGCAACUUCACGAUGUUCUUCACGCCAACACCAAAUUGCAUGUCACGGUAUGCAAAUUCCCCGAAGAACCAGCAGAUUGCCCCAUUUCAGUUGAAACCGGCAGUCAGACAUUCAAGAAUCUUCGGAGACGUCUCCCUCACCAACGUCGAUGUCAAUGUCUUCGACGUAAGUUUUACUACUAUCGGGGCAUUUCAAAGUGAACGCGCUCUGUUGCAAUUGUGAAAAUUUUUCAAAAUUCAAAUGAAAAACAACAGAAACUCGUUUUGCGGCUGCAAAGAUAGGCCCCGAAGAUCACAAAAAGAGGGUUUCUCAACACAACUCAUUCACAAUGAAAUGCCCCGACGGCAUGAUGAUACUCCAAUCCCAUUUCCAAUCCCAUUUCAGCUCGGACUCGGCGGUCCCCUGGCCGCUCCGAUCGAGAAGCUCUUCUCGUUCGUCGUUCCACGCGUGCUCUGGCCACAAGUCAAAAAGCGUCUCCGAUUCGCAAUGAACCGCCGCGGAGUCAAACUUCCAGUGUUCUGCGGCGUAGAAUUGGAGCACACUGAGCUGGACUUCGUGGAUCACGCCGUCCUUCUCAACACCGACUUCUCAUUCGAUCUGCCGCUGUUCUUGGCCAAAUUCAAAAAGUAUCUGGAAGUGAAGAGCCGAAUCAACCCGAAUCUUCCAAAGUAUGUGAUAAUGUGAACUUGAUUCAAUCUUUUAUUUGUCUGACUGUUCUAUGAUCGAAAUGAAAUGAUUUCGAGUUGUAAACAUCAUUCAGAGUCCUUUUUGCAAAGGACAUAACCCAAAUUGCUGAGACAAUUAGUUCCGGAGAACUGCUUCGAUGAGUUGAUCACGUAGAAAGAGCACCAGUAGUCCGUGCGGAGGUUCACCCACGCGGAGCUCCACGCAGCAAGUCCUGUUCCGAGGGAUUCUGAAAAGGGAGCCACUAGAGUACUAAACUGAUCCCUUACGAUCAAUGAAAGUUCGUUCGGCAGAAGUCGGCCAGCCCAUCAUGUAACCUCCACAGCUUUCGCACAUUGCCUUCGAAGUGAACCAAUCGAAGUUUGUUUCAAUCAGCUGCAAGUCUUAAUUGUCCACUUUCAUAGGAAAUAAAAGUCAUUUACAGAGUAGUAAGCCCCCUGAAACUCGGUGAAUGAACUGGAGCACGCAGGAAAUGAAUGAGUGGACGGAAGGGUUGAGGUGGAUGUUUGGGAGGUUACUGUAAUAUUCAUCUGUUUCCCUCAAUACCCUAAAAACUUACUCUUCCCAACCAGAAGGACAAUAAUAACAGGCGCGAACAUAUUCUGGCGUGGACUCUCCACUCAAAAACUGCUUCAUUUAUACCCUGGCAUCAAAAAUCAAUCCGCAUACUUAUGGAAAUCGGAAUUAUUGGAACUGAAUAACACAAUAACACGAAUACAGUGGCCGAUUGAGAAAUUCGAAACGUUUCUGCUCACUUUUUGAUCCGAUUGAUCUGUCAGAUUCCUUCUUCCGAUCUUUGAGCAUCUAUUUUUUGAAUUUCACUUUCACCUGUCUCUCUCGUGCGUAUUCCUGAAUCGAGAAUCAAGAAAGAAUGAGAAAAAUAUUAGCGUGCCGAAUAGAAAAUAAUAUUAGAUCGCGUUUCUGAGGAAUAACCUUUCGGCUUUUUGUGUCUUUCAGAGGCAGAAACCCAAAAUUGCAUCCGAAAAUGUCACUAUCGUGCCGUCCGAAGAGGGACAGAAAGAAGAAGAAGAAGAGCUGCCGGCGAGCGCCCUUUUGUCCACCGGAUUCUUCGUUUUCGCCAUUGCUUCGUGCUUGAUUGUGAGUAUUUGUUUUUCAGUGCUAUUUCAAAGAACACUUUCUCUUGCAGACAAGCAUUUUCGGCUCGGCCAUGAACCUUUACCUCUUCUACAAGUUCAUCAGAAGAGAGGGCAAAACGAACGGAUUCCAGAAGGUGUGUCUCGUGAAAACCCUGCCCAACUUCAUCAUCUGCUUCACAUUUCUCUUCUGGGUCGUCCCGCUCACCGCUUUCUCGUUCACUUAUUCCCAGCUACCGUACCGCCUCAACAGUAUCAUUGGAAACGUGGCAGGAUCGUGGGCUUAUCUGCUCAGUUGAGUUUUCCCAAUUUCCAUGUGCACAAUGGUCACUUUCAGCUCCAUUUCUGCAAAUCAGUCUGUCGUGCAAUCGCUUUUACGUACUCUACUUUCCAUUCGGAAUCAAAAUGCUCCAAAAAGUUCCUGUCGUUAACAUCGCCAUCAUUUCGUUCGUUGUCAUCGUCACUUGUAUUUGUUCAGUCGGGCUUCAAAGUAUGUUCCAAUCACUAGCAAAGCAACAAAACAUACUUCCAGACACUUGUGGCUACGUCUACGACCCCAAUUUCUUCACUUGGCGCCCGAAGACGGGGAGUGUGCCUCCAAGCUCUCAGAAGUCAUUCUCUUUCUGAUAUUCGCCAUCACUUUCACGUCGAAUGGAUUCAAUGUGGGAACGGGAAUCCGUCUUCUCGUCAACAAAAUGGUCGGAAUGAAUAGGGAAGAGGCGAGCAGAAGACGCAAAAGAUGGAUGAUCAUGUUCACGCAGGUGAUGCAAGUCAGGACAGCAGGAUCUGCAUGUCCGAUCGUUUCAGAGUGUGAUCCAAGACUGUCUCCACCUUUUCGACAUCAUGAAUGCGACGUAUGUCUGGAAGUGGAGCGAUGAACUGUGGUAUCAGUUUCUUUUCCUCACACUUUCGUUCAUAAUAAUCUACACUCUAGAUGGGUGAGUGUCAAGUCUCCAACAAUCGUAAAUAUUGUAGUGUUCAGUGUGGUAAUGUUCGUUUUCAAUUCGGAUAUCCAACCGAAAUGGUUCCAUCGGGUCAUUCAAAUGCAGCCAACCAGGAGCAGCAAUGUGAUUGUGGUCGCUUCGAAAGCAUCCACUUCUAAUAUAUAAACGUUCUUGUUCAAUUAUAAAAGGUCCUAGAUUAUCAUUGUCGGUCUCUCUCUCUCUCUCUCUCUCUUUCAGUUAGGUUAUCAUUUCCAACUAGGAAUGGCAUUCAAUUGAAUAAAUCUCAGACAGAAAACAGGUGAGUUCACUCACCUUUCACUCACAAGAACUUGCGUUCUCAAAAUUACGGCUGAAAAUAAUACCACAAAAGAAGAUGGCGAGGUCGAUUCCUCGUUGUCUCCUGCAUUUUUCGUCUUCGGCAUUGUUUCUUGUCUGAUCGUAGGUGUUCUUUUUUAUAUUUUUCCGUUUCUUUUGACACCUAAUUCUUCAGAUCAGUCUCUUCGGAUCCAUCUGUAACACUUAUUUACUAAUCAAGUUUGUGACCAGAAACGGAAAACCGAAUGGAUUUCACAAAAUAUGUCUGGUCAAGACUGUGCCGAACAUCCUGAUUUGCACUGCAUUCCUCUUCUGGGUCAUCCCUUCCACAUCGCUAUUGUACACUUCCGCGGAAGUGCCCUACUGUAUCAACAAAAUUAUCGGAACCUUGGCAGGUGCAUGGGCCUAUUUUCUGAGUGAGUGUUAGAAAGUUGAAAUGGAAUAUCAGUCGAAGUGUGUUCAGCGCCUUUGCUGCAAGUGGGCAUGGCUUGCAAUCGAUUCUACGUGCUUUACUUUCCAUUUGGCAUCAAAUUAAUCGAAAAGAUACCACUCACCAACUCGUACAUCUUCACUGCAAUCGUGCUUGUUUCCGUUUUGACAGCGUUCAGUUUACCGGGUAAUCUUUUGAAACGUGUACCUUGAGAUUCAUCAAUUUCGUUGAAAAGUCUCCUUUUUGUGUUAUGACUACUUGUGAACAGCGAGAUAUUGAGUUGAGAGAACAAGACGACGAGAGGAGGUACUUUAGGGUGUCACAAAGCAAACCAAUCACUAAAAGUGAUAACUUAUUCUAUUAUUUUAUUCACUUGUAGAAGGCUGCGGUUACGUGUACGACCCGGAGCUGUUCCAGUGGACGCCAGAGAUCGACGAGUGUGCUGAGUUCUUCUCGAGCAGAACCGUCUGCGUCAUAACCAUUGUCACCGUCACUUCAACUGUUUCAACGUGGCAUCCGCCUUCCGACUUCUCAUGA